AUGUCCCACCUCGCAUCAAACGCAGCAAUCUUCUCCCCCUCGGUCGCCCGCGCCGCCGCCUCGACCGCAAAGGACUGGUCAUUUGUCGACGCCUGGCUGGCCUCCAAGUUCCGCCCACGGCAGCCGCCGACGUUUGAGCGGAACCCGGAGACGCUCCGCGCCCUGCUCGCCCUCGCGACCCUCAACGAGUCGGCCGACGACCAGCGCCGGCUCCUGGACCGGGUCGAGCGCUCCGCCCUGGCCGAGAUAGAAUCGCCGUCGCCCUCGCAGCGCGGACUGCAGAACCGAGAAGAUGGCUCAGCUCCCACCGCCGUCGACGGCACCGAUACCAACGACAACAGCAGCGACGUCCGCGACGCUCUCCUCGCCGCCCUCGAAGCCUCCCUCACGCGCGACGGCCACGCUGCCCUCGACGCCAUGGCUGCCGCAUCUGCAGAGCUGGGCCUGGCGUCGCCCACGCCGGCUGCCAUCUCCGCGUCACUCGUCGCGGUGGCCUCGCAGACGGCCGAUGUGAAGGCCGACGCGGGCCGCGUGGCCACGCUCCAGAGGCACGUGGACGCACAGAUCGCCGAGGCCGAGGCGCUGGCGGCCGAGGUGCAGGGCCCUGCGUACCGGCCGCCGGCCGACCUGGCCAAGCUGAACCUCGACACGCAGCGGCGCAUUAGGGGUCUCGAGGCCAAGGUCCCGGAGCUUCGCGAUCGGGCCGCCGCGCUGGCCGCAGGCGUGCCGAGUUUGACUGUGGAGCAGGUGCGCGCAGAGGAGGAGGCGUACCUGGAACUUCUACAGCAGAAGAAGGAGCUCGACGCCCGUGUGAGAGUGUUUCAGGGCCUCCCGCCCGAUACCGCACAGGCCAGGCGUGAGCUCGAGAGUCGCCGUGCUGAGCUGCAGCGGCUGACGCAGCGCCGUGAUGCCGUGUUCGAAGGCCUGGUCGAGCGAGAGACGCCACGCAAGCCUCGCUGA